AUGUCUGAUAUCAAAUCCUCGAAUAGUUCAGAGAUGUUCAAGUCGAUACUUACCAAAACAAAGACAUUGCAGACCUUAUCGCAACCAACCAAGUUGCCCAAGUUGUCACAUAAGGCAACUUCUUUGAAAACAAACAUCCUCAUUGUUGGCGGAUCCUUUUCUGGGUUGGCUGUGUUGAGGUUAUUGCAAACAAAUUUACAGGAGCAUUUUAAUCAAGCAAGGCUUUCUUCAGGUGCAAGUAAUGAUGAAACCGCUAAACGUAUUAGUAUUACUUUGGUUGAACCUAGGAAUGGGUUAUUAAAUAUUUUGGGUAUUCCAAAGUCGAUUGUCGAUACAGAGUUUGCCAAAACCCAGUAUCUUCCAUUCAACAAGCUUAACCACGUGAGAUUUAACAAUAUUGUAUCCUCGGAGAAACCAGAAGUUUAUGCAGACAAGGAAAAUGGUGAGUCAUGGUAUGUUGAUGAUGCACCAAAGUUUCCUAAUGUAGAAGUCACUUUUGUACAAGGAACAGUCACAUACCUCGAUGACCACAAAGCUGAAUAUGUUCUUAAUGAUACAAAAGACGACACCGCUGAAGGUUCUACAGCUACAGCUACUGCUACAGCUGCUUCUGCUGCUUCUGCUGCUAAUGAAACGGGGUCGAUCGACUUUGACUAUGUCGUUAUGGCAAGUGGGCGAGAUAGAAACUGGCCAACCACGCCAUCUGCAAACACUAUGGACGAAUAUUUGCAAGACAUGAACAAAUCACGUUCCAUGAUUGAAAAUGCAAACAUUAUCUCAGUAGUUGGUGCUGGUGCUGUGGGUAUUGAGAUUGCCGGUGAUAUCAAACUGAGAUUUCCUGAAAAGAUAGUAAACUUGGUCCAUCCACACGAGGUUUUCCCACCUGAACCAUUAAGUUUGGAAUUCAAGAGGUUAAUACAGGACUCUAUAGAACGUGCCGGCGUCAAUAUAUAUCUCAACACAAGAAUCGACAAAACAAAAUCGUCUGACACUGGGGAUUUGAUUACUACUGAAACGGGAAAAGCAAUUCCUUCUGAGAUAAACUUUUGGUGUACUGCUAAACACAACAACAUUGCGUUCUUAUCCCCUAAGAUUGCAUCCAAGUAUGUUACUCACGGACAGAUUAAUGUUAAUGAAUACCUCCAGCUUCAAAGUCAAGCAGCACAAGGUCAAUCAACUAAUACCACUCUCACUACUACUACGGUACCCAACUUUUUUGUGCUAGGUGACUUGGUCAAUUUGCCAAUAAUCAAAUCCGCAGGUUGGGCAAUGUACAUGGGCAGGCAAACAGCCAAUAACAUCACUAGCUUAAUAUUUGAGGACACCUUAAUCGAGCCAUUACCAAAUUUAAAAGAAAUGCCCAGGGGUAUGGUGCUUGUAGGAGGUCAAGAGGAAAUUGUUAGUGAAUUGGCAGGCGAAGUGAGUUUGAAUCACGAGGGAUAUAAAAAGGAAUAUUUGGACUAUUGUAUAGGGAAAAUUAGAGCUACUUUAGAUGCAUAA